AUGUUAGGUACGGCGGAAGAAUACGUCAAAGCCAUCGCGCAUCACUCUCAGCAAUCCAGCGCUGAGACCUUGUACCCCGGGGAAAUCUAUGAGACGCUGAAACGAUUUCUUGAGCACAAAUCCAGCGAUGAAUCCAGUAAUUUUGCUUGGCUCGUCAGCCCGAGCAGUUCCAGCCAGCAGACUCCAUCCGACAAGCAGUCUCUUUCGGACAAGCAUUCCAUGUUUGACACUACUCGAAAUCCUGGGCGCUCAGAGGGAUUUUCUGAGCCCGAUCCCGCACCGUCGGUUAUGAGUAAUAUGUUUCGCUUCAAAAUCUUUACCAUCGGAUCCAGAAACCGUCGAUAUCGAUCAUCUCAGGAAGAGAUAGAUUCCUUGCGCGCGAAAGCAUCCAGUGAUCUUCAUCGAUACCGGGCUGCAUUGAGAGGUACUUGGAUUCUAGACACGGGAGUCUCGAUUGUGCGGGAUCUUCACGUACUCGAUGAAAGACACUGUGUCAUAGAGCAGGAGAUUGUGAUCUCUAUAUUCGAAAUCGGGAAAACUUGGAUGGCCAUCGCCUGUACAGACGCAGGACACAACUUCACCCAAGGGCCACCUCUCCCAUGGUUGAGGGAUGAACCACAAGGGCUGCCAGUUACACUUCUUCCCAUAAUUCAAUACAAAACGAGGUGCGCGCUGAAAUCCCGCAGCAUCAACGACAGUGACACUGGGUCGGCCAAAGAAAGAAACACACAAAGCCUUGCUAUUUUUCCAGAAGGCUACGGACGUGGUCUAGAUUGGUCGCUUGCAAAAUCAGAUCGCUUUCAUAUUUUGUCAGAUGUGUUCAGGCUAGCUGCCUUUUCUCAGAAGCAGCUCCUGAAUGUGAUGAAGGAGAAAAUCCUCAACGAAACAGACCGGCUGUCACUCAGUGAUGAGAACCCGACCUUGACCAACUUGCUAUACUUUCGAAACAUUCUUCAAGAUCAGCUAAGCACCGCUUCAUACAUGCUUCAGUUGACAGACGACCAAACGUGUAUCCUUCAAAAUGGUCGUCGAUCUAUAUCGACUGAUCAAAAAAGUAUGACCGAUUGCAGCCUGGCUGAAAUGCACAGUAUAUUUCAAGACUUGCACUCUCAAGCGGAACUCCUAUAUGAGAAAUGCAAUCAAGGGAUGACAGUCAUCAGUAACAAAAGCAUGCUGGCAGAGUCACAACGCGCCAUUCAGCAGGCAAAGUUGGUCACCAAGCUUACAAUCGUUGCUUUUGUUUACCUGCCGUUUACAUUUACGGCUGGUUUCUUCGGUAUGAAUUUUAGGGAGUUGGGAAAUGGUUCCAUAUCCUUAUGGAUAUUCUUUGCGGUAUCUUUACCGUUGAUGUUUAUCACUAUGGCGGUUUUCAUUUUGGAUGAGCGAAAGAUGAAGAGCUUCUUGCGAAUCUUAGGUUUUGCAGAAGAGGAGGAUACAUAG